AUGAAAGUGUACGACGAUUGCCAACACUCAGAAGGAUUGAUGCCAUGUCUUAAGAAAAAAGCGAUAUUGUUCUUCGAUCGAGCUGCAAGAAUGGAAGUCAUACCAUUAGUCAGUGGUGUCGAUGUUGUGAAGACAUCUCCCAGUGAAGUAUCAGCUAUAUCUGAAAACGACAUAGAUGCUGUGUUACCUAGGAGUUUGGACAAGGAUCAAGCGUUGACCCAGAUGCUGUGGGACCGCAUAGCUUCGUUCGCAAAUUCAAGAACGUUGCAGUUGUCGUUACCGAAGAUGUCUGGACAAGAUUUGAAUAAAGGGAUCGAAGAAGGACGAGGGAAGAUGAAGAAAAUGAUGGGCAUGAUGAUGAUGGGAGGGGUGAUGAAAAUGGCUGCCAUGAUCCCCCUCGCUAUUGGGUUCCUGUUCAUUUUAGCAGGAAAGGCGCUCAUUGUAUCUAAGAUAACAUGCAAAAAGCGAAAAUCUGGAAAAGUUUCUGGUGACAGGAAGAAAAACAAAAAACUGUCAAGAGUAAGGAGUCCAAGUCCUUGGACAGAUCAAAUCAGCGACAUUGCCAGUAGACAAGUCCAUAAAGCUGCUGAAGAUUGUAACAAGUCAAGAGACGUUUGGAAGAUAAUUUCUGACCUUGAGCAAUGA